UGGAAGCUUAUGCUCACCUAAUGACACACCAGCCUUGAACAUACCUACAGAAAUGGCCUCCACCUCCAGGCAGCUGCAGGUUACUCUCUUCUUGGUGGCAGCUCUGCUCUUCCUCGUCUGCACGAGGAGCCAAGCCGCAAGGCCCGAACCGGGAUCGAGUGACCACAUGCCACAGCGCGCAGUAUCCACUUCUCUCCAUGAGAAGAUCGGCUCGGGGCUCGGGGUAAAAAUGGAUCAACAAGAGGAGCCGCAGGCCAUGACAGAAUGCGAGGGAGGAGAAGAUGUGGGCGAGUGCCUGAUGAGGAGGACCUUGGUUGCUCACACCGACUACAUCUACACCCAAGGGAAGCACAACUAGUGUGCUGGUUCAUGUCGAACAAGAAGUUGAAAGAAAAUAGAUGCAUUGUUCAUGAUCCAGCCUGUUCCUUAGUCCUGUCACCUGUGGGUUAUUUUCAUACCUAUUAAGUUAUGUGCGGUUUUCCAUUCGCUUCUCUUGUGCUCAUGUAUCUGUACUGGAUUUAUACCCAUCAUCUUGACUUGAGA